AUGGAUAUCCCUAAUUCUAGCGCACUGAACGAAACCCAAAGCUCUAAAAACCGCAGAAUCAGUCCGAAAGAUGGAACUUGUACUGGCAGAACUUGUAUUGAAAAUUCCGAAGAAACUAGUGAAGCAGAAAUGGACAAUAAAUAUAUCGAUACAAUUCCGACAGAGAGACAAAGAGAAAUUUCAUCAGAAACAGCCGUUAUGGAAGAAACGGUGGAUAAAUUAAAAGUGGACAAACUACCAGAAGCUACAGUACAGAUUUCAGGCGUAGCUAGGCAUAUCACAGAUGCACCGAACCAGUUGAAGAAGAAUGGCAAGUUUGGAAUGGAAAACAGCAGAGCACGGGAAAGAGCCGAAGCUCGCAGUAUUGCGAGAGAUAGUAGGUUAACUCGUUUUGGCCAUCGCCCGGUUAAAACAGACAGUGAGGAACUAAUUAAAGGUUUGCGUAAAACGCUUGACAAAUGUACUACCGGUUACAGAAAACAACUGAUAGAAAAAGCACCAAUCUGUUUACAUAACACUCUCGGUAAAAUCUGCAACGAUCGAAUUUUGUUCAUUCAAACCGCCGAUAUCAAAUUGUUCUCAGACAUGACGGGAGUUUUGAAAGAAAGUCUGUUCCAGAAACCAUUACCGACCUUGCCACUCGGUGGACAAAUCAAUAAGCUGCUUUCAGUUAAACCUCAAACCAAUCCAAUCUACUACUUUUUGGCUGAAAGUUUGGAGGAGUUGAUAGUUGAAAUCAGUAGCAAAACAGAUCAUACUGUAGAAGAUCUACUAACCAGUAACCAUUCCGGAUGGCAUCUAAUCGAGAAAAUUGACUGGAAGUUGGAAAAUGCUUUAACAAAGUGUCUGGAGCGGGAAUAUUUUUUCAUUUUCACACUGUUGAAGCAUUUCGAUUUCGGUUCCGAAAGUACAAAAAAGCCUUUCGAUUACACUGUCAAACUGCUCGAAGAACCAAAGCAACAAUCAUCUUGGAGACAACUUUUGAGAGGUACGAAAAAGAUGCUCGGUUACCAGGAAGCAACGAAAAACUCACUGAACAUUACUGAUGAAAAGUAUGUUUGGUACUGUUUGCUUGAUGAUGUUCUUGAUCAUAUUUUACCAUCUGAUUAUAAGUUCCACUGUUUUGAGAAGAUAAUCCAAGGUUACAAGGACUUUUUGAUUAAAGCUGAACGAGGUCAGCUGGAGACACUGCGAGUCAUGACACACAAUACAGCUCGAUUCAUCAUACUAACUAUGGCCUACAGGAGACAUCAUAGCCGGAAUGUGUUUUCUAAAAUCUGCUUGGUUGAAAUGGCAUCACUGAAGACGGCUCUACUGGAAACUGUUUCAGUUGUAUUGGACAAAAAUGUUCCCCCGAAAUCGGUGGUAUCCUUCUUCUGAUCAUACAGUGAUCUUUUGGUAGAUUUGAAUGAUAUCCAAUUCGAUUGGUUCGUUAAAGCCAUUACCGAUGCCAGUAUGAACCCACUAGUUGAUUUGAAACUGAUCGAAUUGGUUGAUAACAAAUGGGCAGCUACAGUGAAUGAAACCUAUCGUGUCACAGCAGUGGAAAGAUUUGCUAAAGCAGUACCAGCACUUUUUGAAGCUUGUUUAUGUCCAAAGCAUUACAUCCUUGACAUACUACUGACUCUACUGUCGUACAUCAAAAACCAGCUGGUAAAAGCAAACUGGCAGUCAGACGACCAGUUGUCCGAAGUAGAACAAAUCUCCACAACCAACGAACUGAUCUUUGCCGUGCGAAACUCGUUUUUGUACCUCAGCGAACAACCCGAGUAUGUGUCUUUUGAGAUGUUCCACGAUGAACUUGUAAAACCCUUCGCCAGUGCUGUAAAUAACAGUAGCUCCCAUCGGGACUUUACAAAUCGCAUCACCCUCAUUAAGGAGUCGUUUUGGUAUAUUCGGAAGCAAAGCGAAAUGGCCAUCGAUCAAGCCCUGGAGUUAUUCGACGAUUUGAACAGCGAAUCCGAUAGAGAGUUGUUGCUUUCUGUGUACCAAACAUACGCUGAUUAUUUUCAGCGCUUCAUGAAUUUAUCCAGCGAUGAAUAUAUCACAAAAGCAACACAAACCGCAGAAAAAGUAUUAAAACUUCCAUUCAAGAAGCCGCACGCCAAGUGGGAUAAUGUACAUAAAACAGAAAAAAUACCAGAAAUGCUGGCUGGACUGGCAGCUGUUUGGUCUAUUUUAGUAUCGAAAGAUGUAUCCAGUACCGGAAAGUAUUUGACUCCACAUAGUAUCCAGAUUCUAUGCAUUUUGCGAUUGUUCAGCGUUGAUCGAACAACUGAAGGCGUGAUAAACCAUCUGGCGCAGGUUCUCACUGGACAGGGUAAAUCUUUGGUCCUGGGCCUAACGGCUGCUCUACUGGCAUUGACCGGUCAUCGGCCUCGUGUAGUUUGCUAUAACGAAUACUUGGUGUCGAGAGAUAAAAAAGAUUUCAAGCAAUUUUUCUCCACAUUUGGGAUCGACCCCUCAAUUUUCUACGGUACCUUCGACGAAAUGGCGAACGAUUUGAUAAACCCUGUUGUUGACGGCAAACACAUGGGAUUGCGAGAUUUACUUGAACAGAUGCUUCUAGGUGUUGAUCAAUCGAAAGGUAAGCUAGUUGCUGAAGAUAUGCGCAACUCGGUUCUUCUCAUAGAUGAAGUGGAUGUUUUCUUCACGGCUGAAUUCUUUGGAAACGAAACCAAUUACGGAUACCUCUCUCUGAAGUGCGGCCGAAUUUCAUACGCAAUCCUCCCGGAAUGUUACCCCCUCAUUCUGGGUGUUUCCGGUACGAUAGCUGACCUUAAUCAGUGCGAAAAACAGACAAUUGAGAAUCUGUACAACAUACGUAAAUCGUCUAUAAUGCCAACAUUUUUCGGAGGUUCUAAUCUUCGCUUCAACCAAACCGAUGAUUUUCGAGUGUUGACAAGCGUCAUAAAAUGGGAGACUGAAAUCUUCGCUCGAGUCAACGCCAUACUGGGAGAGAACCGAUCUGUGCUUGUGUUUUUCGAUUCCGAAACUCCCCUGAAUAGAUUUCACGCCGAAUAUUGUGGCCAGUUCGAUAGGCUGAAUGUGCUGACACUGAAUACGGAACCAGCUCGGAUGAGGCAGUACAUUGAGGGAGCAGGUGUGGCCAAAACUGUUACAUUGGCGACAGCUGCCAUGGGACGGGGUGUCGACUAUAAGUCUAGUGUAGCAAUCGAAAAACGUGGAGGAUUGCAUGUUAUUCAGAAGUUUUUCUCGCUUGAUGUUAAGGAGGUAACACAAAUCAAAGGCCGAACAGCUAGAAAGGACAACCGUGGAAGUUACGAGUUGAUUGUUUGUCAAGAACAUCUGAGCGAUUUGGAGGCAGUACCUGCGGACUACCGUAAUCUUCAAGCAAAGCGACUCAGUCGGGCUUUAACGGAUAAUGAAAAGCUUUUGAACACUAUUGACGGCUAUAAAAAUGAUCAUAAAAUUACCAUGGAUUAUAUGAAAUCUUUCUUCAAACACUAA